AGCACAGGUCACCCUUUGAACGGUUGCAAUCCCAGCAUCCUGGGACUAUAAAAACCCAUGGAUUCUUAGAGAACUCACCACCACAACAUCAGGUCUAAAAACCCCUGAUACAAGGCAACUCUUACUCAACCUGCAACAAUGAAAUUCUCUCUCAUCACCAUCCUUGUUGUUGCUCUGGCCAUUGGCUCUGAAUCAGUAUCUCUGGUCAAGAGAGAUGCUCCUGCUGAGCUGGAGAAGAUCGCCAAGUAUUUUCAGGAUCUCGUGGACAAUCUAAAGCACGUCGAGGGCCCUGAGCUGGUCAACAAGGCCAACGCUUACUUUGAGCAGAGCAGAGCCCAGUUCCAGCCCAUGGUUGAGAAGCUCCAGGAGCAGCUGAAGCCCCUCUCCAGCAACAUUGAAGACCACAUCAAGCCUCUGGCCGCCUCCGUCCAGGCUCAGGUCGCCCCCCUGGCCAGCAUGAUCCAGACUCAUGUUGAAGAUGUCCUCAAGUUUGUGGCUGACAAGAGUAAAGCCAUCCUGCCUCCCCAGUAAAACCCACAGGAAUCCUUUUUAGUUUUCCUCUUCCAUUUUGUUCUUUAAAUUAAUGUGUGUUUAUAUAAUAAUAAAAGUGAUUUAAAGGUCAGUCUGCCA